UCCAUGACUGCAGGUGGGAUAAGGUACUAAGACCUGAGUCCACCUGAAGCUGAUAGGCCCACUGGUGGGAGUAAUUUAGGUUACUCGGAGCAUCAGGGAAUGUGGGCUGAAUAUAUACUGGCUCAUCACGAUCGUCCAACAGUUCAUUCCUUCUUUGUAUUUUCCGUUCGUAAGAUCGGCACUGGUUUUUCUUCACUUCAAAGCUACUACAGGUUGAAGAGCAUGAGGAACUUCUACUUUCUUUUUCUCGGCAUUGCUGUCGUCACAGCACAACGCCGUCUUGCUCUUCCAGAUCCACGGAGUUGUGGAAAUCGUGUUCGUCAUGCUUCUUAUAGAGAUGCACGAGGUCUUGCGCAUUCAUAUUUCUUCAGCUGGGAGCAUGCACCUACAAGCACCUUAGAGGUCGACUGGCUAGAUGCUCGUAAUAUUUGUCGUAGACAUUGCAUGGACGCUGUGUCUCUAGAAACACCGCAAGAGAACGAAUUCAUCAAACAGAGGAUUGCUCGAGGAAAUGUGCGUUAUAUAUGGACUUCGGGACGCAAGUGCAACUUUCAAGGCUGUGAUCGCCCAGAUCUUCAGCCCCAAAAUGUGAAUGGGUGGUUUUGGUCUGGAUCAGGAGCAAAAAUUGGACCAACCACUCAGAGAAAUACGGGAGAUUGGAGUCAUACGGGUGGUUAUGGACAACAGCAACCCGACAAUCGUGAGGCUGCGCAGGGUAACGAUGAAUCUUGUUUGUCAAUUUUGAACAACUUCUACAAUGAUGGCAUCAAAUGGCAUGACGUUGCUUGCCACCAUGUGAAGCCUUUUGUCUGUGAGGACAGCGAUGAACUGCUUAAUUUUGUUGCCUCUAGAAAUCCAGGGAUUCGCUUGUAAAGAGUAUUGUGGAAAUAGAGAAGGCUAAAUAAGUAAUGCAAACUUAAAACAUUAUAUUACAUUACGACAUUGUAACAUAUUUUCGUCUAACUAACCGAUAUUCUUUUCGAUGUCUGUUUGUAAAGCAUUCAGUGGAUUUAUUAGAGUUAUAAAACCGGAUGUACGAUUCUGGUCGCAAUUUUGAAUAUUUUUGUCUGAUUUUUUGCAUGCGUCAUUUAAAUAUUCUUCUCUUUAAUUGAACAGGGCCGAUUUUUCGAUAAAAUGUUUAAAUAUUUUUAAUUAAUUGAAAAUAAAGAACAAUAGCAUAAAGCUAAAUGCUAGGUGUGUGUCCACGUUCGCGGCACACUCACUGGCCUGCAUAAAGCCGGUUCGAGACAGGCACCCUGGAGCGCGUCCAGGUUCUCGUAACGGGGGGCCCUUUUAUUGUUAUGAGAUUUAACCCAGUUACAUAAACUGAAAUUAUACAAGCAUGACUUGAUUCAAUUUUAAUUAGCAGAAUUAAUUUAUUUAUAUAAUUUAAAGAAAAUGAAAAAAUAUUCAUGAAAAUGGGUUAAUAUUUGCAGUAAUUAUAGAAAUGUUAAAGUGCACACCAAGGUACAGGUGGAUACACCAUAGCGUAUCGAAUCAUACGGAGGGAGCGAUCCUUCCAUUGUUAUGAGAUUUCAUGCUUGUUGCGAAAAAUAACAUUUGAAAGGAUGGCUUCAUUCAAUUUCAAUUUUCCAAACUUAGUUUAUUCAUGUAAUUGGAAGAAAAUAAAAAAAGAUUUCUGAAAAUCGGUUAAUAUUUGCAGUAGUAACGAAGACGAUAAAGUGCACACAAAAAUCUAGAUGUCCCGAAAACCUGACACAUACUCCCUUAAUCAGAAUAAAAAGUUCUAAAUUAAAAACUACUGAUUAAGAAGUCUUAUCAAUUUUGACUAAUAAGCUUUACAAAAUGCAAUUUCAGUUUGCUAGUUAACAUGGCGACAAAAGCUUACUGAAGCAAUUACUAACAGACUCCGGCCGAUAAAAAUUAUCAUUUACGUUUUGAGAACUUGAAAUUCAAAAAAUGAACAUUGAACUAAGAUUUAAAUGUAUAUAUGCAAUCCAAAUGAAAAAUAAGGUUAAAAAUAUGAGUGAUAAAUAUUUUAUCCACAUAUAAACUGACAAAAUUAUAAUCUUUUCCGUUUUUGAAGCAUGAAACUGUAUCCCCAAAUCGAUGAUUUUUGUACCCCGGAAUUCAGUAUACGUAUAUCACUUAAUGAGUUUACAAGUUCGAAUCUAAGUUUUGGAAAAAUAUUAAAAUUGAUAUUUCACAUUGUAUUCCACUAAUGAUUCCCCUUAUUUUUAUUUCAUUUAGGCCUUCAAGCUUUAUAUAAUUUUCACAUAAUCUGUUAAAGAUAUAUCCCAAAAAAUUCUGCCCAUAUUAUUCUUAUUGUGUGAACGCUUUAUUUAUACUUCUAAUAUUGAAAUAAGAUUAGAACGUAUUUCAUUUUAUUUUGAAAUUGACGAAAUUAUGUUGAAUCUCGCACAUUUAUAGAAAUUUCAAACAAUGAAUUAUUUGAGAGGGGCUUGAGAUUGCGAAAUAAGUGGGUGGCCAUGUGUUCUUUGAAAUAUGUAGGGGUGUGUGGGGCCUUAGAAAAAAUCUAUUUUAACUCGCUGAAUCCGAAUCUGAAGUCAGAAAUAUCAUAUUGUCUCGUGUUUUAACCCUAACAUCAAGAAAAAUCCUUUAAAAGGCGAUUUUCCGCCAAAUUCGACAAAAAGAAAGCUGUCUGUCCGACAGACCAGAGCAGUGUAUCCUUGUGUAUUUUG